AUGUGCGCUGCCCCUUGUCUACUAAAGCCUAGCACUGCACCGCGGCUUGGCUUUUUUGUCUAUUUGCUGGCAUUCAUGGCUGUAAUUGGUGGUUUUCUCUUUGGUUACGACACGGGUAUUGUUUCCAGUGCAAUGUUAUAUGUUGCGCAUAAUACCGGCAUGAAGCCUAUGGGUACCAUUUGGAAAGAACUGAUUGUCAGCAUUACUCCAGGUCAUCUAGCCUGCUGA